GAGGCGCGUUCCUGGUGGGAAAAUGUGCGGCGGCCACAAGACCGGGGAUCUUCAGCAACCUCUCGCCAGGAAGGAGACAGCAAACAAGGCACGGAAUUCUUGUUUCAGAAACAAAACAAGUAGUUAUCAUAUGAACGUAAUUAGAAGAGCUUGAGUAAUGUUGGAACGCAGGGAGCAUAGGUCGUGGAACGAGCGUCUGGAUAUUUGUAGAUAGUUAAAUAUCAAGUGGUUUAUUUAUACCGGAAGCCGAUGAGUCGAAAAAUCGAGGACGGCAAGUAAUGUCACGAGGGCUAGUCACAUGGUUUAAUCUCGUGCCGGCCGGCUCAGGAAUUUCCAUCCAGCGAAUCCCGAGACUCAACUUCAUUCAGGCAGCUCAACAGGGUUAAUUAUGAAUUAAUUAAGCCUGGCGGGCCACGAAAUUCAGCUGUUUCUUCCGUUUCACGUGAUCUUUUCAAAUCAAAGAGAAGCCCUAUCAUUUCGUAUUGUUUUUCAUUGUCGCUGCCUAUUAACUUUACACCCAUCAACAUUAAUCGCUUUAACCGCUUUUCAUUUUAACUUAAUGACUUUUUUUGUAACUUUACGAUAGAAAAAAUAAAUCAUUAUACAAUUCCUGCUGUUUUUAUAGAAAAAUCAAUGAUAUUAUCCUUAUCGUAUCCUCAGGAAGUUUCUAUAUGAGAUAUCCUAAACUUACACACGUAAAAACUUGCGGCUAAAACUACUGACACAAGUAUAAAGUACACUAAUAAAAAUACAUAGAAAAUUACCUACACACAUUUCAUAAUGUUUCAAGUACAAGUCCAUUGUUACAUUUAAAGGUCGUGAAAUUACAAAAUCGAUACGAAAGGACAAGCAAGUUUUCCUCGAACGAUUAGCUCCACUGGUUUAUAUUUUCCAGGAACUAUCAGGUACAACAGGUAUCAUUCACGAUGUCUUUGUCGGGUUAAUAGGAAAUUUGUUAGAAGUCAAUUCACGUAACAUGAUUUAUUAUUAAAUGCCAUAAAGUCGAUACAUACAUGAAAAGUAUGAACUUGGUCGCAAUAGAUACGCUUCCAAUGAAAUCAAAAUAAUAUUAAAACUGCUUGUUUUAAGGGAAGUAAAUAUAUUGAGAAGGUGCCAGAUUCGAAUUGUAUUAAACAGUCCUAUGCUUUAUGCUCGAGAGAUAAUUCUUUCUAUAGUCAUUACCAUUAUUUUGUCUAUGGCAUCGGAAUGAAAAUAAGAUUCGUUCUCAAAAGCAUAAUCUCAGAGGGUUGGACUUCCUCUGUAAGUUUAGGACACCUUAUACACAAACUUCCUGAGGAAAAUUUAUAAAUAGAUUAUCAUUGAUCUAUGUACAUAUAUCUAUAUUGUUUGUGUGUACUGUUUAUAUGUGUGUAACUAUCUACUAACAUAAACCUUGACAAUCAACUUCUCUUUCUGUACUUCCUGUAACGUGUGAAAUAAUACAUGCAACUGUUGUUUUAUGGUUUACAAAUGCAUUUUAAUUUCCACAUUCCCCCCGAGAGCUACUCAUAACACGCAUUCAAAACAUCGAUCGUAAAACUGUUGAUUAGAUCUAGCAAUGCGAUUCAGCUGUACGAGUCUCAGGCCGCUUGAGCUGUGUUUCUAAACGCGUCAAUUUCAAUAAAAAGUGUUGAAAGGAAAUUGAUCGCGCGAACGUCAAGAUCAAACACGCGACUUCCUUUAAAAUGCUCCGCGUUCUAGAACGAUGAGUAACGAACGAUUCACAGGAUCGACGGUGGUUAUCAUCGAGCGUCAAUUAACACCUAUUAUCCGGUAUCAUUGUUUCGUCCCAUUAUGUAUUAGAUCAUGUUGACACUGUAGUUAGGACUAGUACCAGCGUGUUGUCGCUUCGCCACAAAGUCACGAAACAGUGAUAUUACACACCAUUCCGUCACGUUUCCUCGCGAGCACCCACCCGCGAUUCUUGCGGACUCCCUACACCCAGACGCGGCGGUGGUGGGGCCUGAAAGAUAGUCAAUGCCUUGUGAUCCGGUAGAUUUUCAGUCUCAGCCGUUCUCGCCUGCGACGAUGUUUCAUUGAUCCCGAAUCAUCGACUUGUUACCCGUCAUUGAACCAUUUAACGCUUCCGAACAUUCGUUAAGAGCAUUUCGCAAAGUGCUCUUGAAGAUCGAAUUAAAGUCAAGUAACAAAAGCGAUAAAAUUAUUUGAAUUUGUCUCUUUGGAAAAGCACAAGUGAAAUUGGUAGAAAAAUUCGUUUGUGAUUCGUUGAACGAUGUAAACACAGCCGAGGUGAUUGGAGAGUGAUCAGAGCAAGAUUCGAAUUGACCACGUGGUUUGCUGUUGUGAUCCGCAACGGAGGUUUACUUUUCGGUGAAGAGAAUCAUCCGACAUCAUGGUGGACACACAGAGAUACGAAGAUCAUACCAUAUAUAAGACACGAUCACCCUGCAGCCUGCGAAAACUGGGAGACAUGAUCCCGGCUCGGGUGGUGCUCUACAUGCUGUCGUUUUCGGGGUUCACGGUAUCGUUCAUGAUGAGGAACGACAUAAACAUCGCCAUGGUGGCAAUGGUCAAGCCAUCGCCAGCCAACCAGGACACCAAUGUUACCACGACGUCCGAAUAUUGUUACGUAACGCCGAACGCGUCAUUGACCAGCAACAGCUCGAUGAUCAGACUUGAGGAUCAGGGGGAGUUCGACUGGAGCCCGGCGAUACAGUCAAUCAUCAGCGGCUCCUUUUAUUGGUGUUAUAUACUGUCACAAGUGGUCGGUGGUGUGCUCACGCAGUACUUUGGCACGAAAGCAGUUUUCGGUGGCUCUCAAUUGAUCACUGCGAUCUGCAGCUUGCUGAUGCCCUCCGCUGCUGGGAUUCACUAUGGAUUCAUGAUAGCUUUGCGCAGUAUACAAGGCGUUGCUAGUGGACUGACGUGGCCCGCGAUGUACGCGAUAGUCGGACACUGGAUUCCGCCGGUGGAAAGGUCUCGUUUCAUGUCCUCGUUCCAAGGGUUCAGCUUCGGCAUCGGGAUCACCUACCCACUCUGCGGGUUCAUCAUCGCCCACUUCGGUUGGCGAGCGGUUUUCUAUACCACCGGCAGCAUCGGCUGCUUCUGGUGCCUCUUCUGGUACUUCUUCGCCUUCGACACGCCUGCUACGCAUCCGAGAAUAUCCCAGCAGGAGCUACGAUACAUCCAAGGCAGCGUUGUUGACCAAGUCCAUUCCAACGAGACCAUGCCGGUCCCGUGGGGUUCCAUCCUCAGAUCUUGGCCAGCAUGGUCGAUCGGAAUCACCACGUUUGGGAGAAUAUGGGUGCACUACGUCUUCAUUAUUUCCGGACCAAUGUACAUGAAAACUAUUCUAGGAUUCAGCAUCCAAGCGAAUGGACUCCUGUCCGGUUUACCAUUCAUCUGUAGUUACUUCAGCUCCGUUGCCUUUUGUUACGUGGCUGAUGUUCUAGUUACGCGGCAGAUAAUGUCGCUGACGAAUGUUCGCAAGGUGUUCACUGCCUCUUCACAAGUAGUUCCUGGAAUAAUGUUAGUAUUGAUCGGCUAUCUGGGCUGUGACAUUGUCCUGGUUCUAGUAGUGUGGUUCAUAGCCGUUACUCUAAUCACAGCUGCCUAUGCGGGGGCGAUGGCGAAUAUCGUCGACAUCGCGCCAAACUUUGCAGGUCCAAUAUUGGCGUUCGCACAGACAAUUCACAUGACAGCAAGCUUCUUAUCUCCGGUCGUAGCAGGCCUCCUCACUCAGAACAGCCAAGCCCUCGAUUCGUGGAGGCAAGUGUUCGGGGUGGCCGCGUGCGUCGCCUGCGCCACUUACAUCGUCUAUCAGAUCUGCGGCACAGGCGAUAUCCAGCCGUGGAACUACCCCGAUCAAAAAUAUCCGCAAUCGGCUCAAGAGGACUCGCAACCAUUGAACGAGGUUCCUGAGAAAAACGGGAAGUCCCGUUCUGACACUUUUGAGGAGGCGUAACAAGUGCUCGUUCCUUGACUGUAAAAAAAAAGGUCAGACGUGAGCGGCGCUCCAACGUCUCAUACUUCUCCCUGGAUCUCGACGAGACUAAGAUUAUAUUAUAUACACGCUCGUACACGUACGCGGGAAAUCUCUAUUUUUUUCGUAACAUGUCUGUAUCUAUAUGUAAAUAAUUGGGCCCGUGACGAGGGAGAGAUGAUCAUAGCAGUCAGGGUAAAACUCACACAUGUUUUAGGGUUUCAAAGAAUAUUUUCUAUUGAUAAUUAAGUCUCGAGUAAAGCGCAAUUCUCUAUUCGCCCUUGUUUCGCAUUUGACUUCACGGUAAGUUGUAUCGAGGGUAGAAUGCACAAACGCGACGAUAAUUACGAUCGUUCGCUUGUAUCUCCUCUGUGAUUUUUAUUCACCGAUGGAAAUGGAUCUCGCGAAAGGAAUUUUUCAAAAAUUGAACGAGUUUCUCAUCAGAACUUUAACGAAGAUCUGAUAUUUUUCCAGAAAACUGAUGAACCGGAUUCCUGAAACCUGUUGCUCGAAUAUUUUUCUAAUUUGAUAGCGGAUUUAAUUAAUGAGAAUGACGGAUUUUUUGUCCUAGUUUUGUUUUAAAAAAAAUAUUAUUCCACGUUCAUCGGAUCAUCCAUCCGUAAUUGAGAGGACAUCGUGACAAACAGUCUCGCUCCUACAACUUCGCCGGUGAUAUUUCAUUAAUCUUUUUGUUAGAUAUAGUAAAAAAAGAAGCGAGGGCGGAGACAUUUGUAAAGAUUGCAUAUGAUUGUACUUAGACAUUAUUGAAACGUUGAACGUUUAAUACACCGUAAAGAUAGAGAUAGUACAAGUUUAUACAAUGAAACAAGAGAGAGAAGCAAAGAAAUUAUAUAUAUAUAAAAGUAAUAUACUACAUACUACUAUUCGAUGCCUUGCAACAGCAAAAGUUUUCUAAUUUUUAUCGAACUGUAAAUUCACGAAACAUCAAACGGACGCAAUAUACUUAUCUAGUACUUAUCUUCUACGACAAAUUAUUAUUAAUAUUAUUACUACUUACUAUGAAAUAUACUUACUAGUCACGUUUUGUUAGAAAAGGUGAAAUAAGUAUACAAUGAAAAGAAAACAUCCCGAAAGACAUUCUAUGCUUUCUGAUGGUAUUUUUUCCACAGCUCUUUAUGAUUCCAUUCGUAUAGCGCAACAGAACGUUAGGAGGUGAUUUUUCGCAAGUAUUGUAAUUUUAAUUAUUUUUCUACGGACGUAAUUUUAGAUAUAUAAUUUUUAACUUUCUCGUUUGUCCGUUAUUUUUAAGCACCUUAAUCACACGUGGUUACUUAGCAAGUGUAGGGAGCGAAUGAUUUGAAUCAAGCGCAAAUGAAGAAAAAUGUACGUAAGAUUUAUUUAGUCUACGUGUGCCAUUCGUGUAAUUAAAAAUCAAAAAAUUUGUAAAAAAAAGGAACAUUGGUGAACUCGAGUGUUUUUGAAACGAUAGUUUUUGUAAUCGAACACGUCAGCAGACCCAUGGCAUUGAUACGAGUAUAUAAUAUAUAAUAAGAAAAUAGAAAAAAAGAACAAACAAAUAUACGAUUAUAUAUAAUUUCAUUAA